AUGAUGCGUGGGACAGAAGACGUGGCUGCCUCGAGGGGUCCUCGUGUCGCCCCUCUGUGUGACCAAGAGGAGCACCCAGGAACUCCGGACAUUUCUCAUCAGACGCUUAGGCAUUUUCAGCACUUGUCCGUGACUGGGCCUCACCAAGCUGUCGACCAAAUCCAGGAGCUCUGCCGGCAGUGGCUGCAGCCGGAGACCCGUACCAAGGAGCAAAUCAUAGACCAGUUGGUGUUGCACCAGUUCCUGAGCACCUUGCCAAAAGCGGUUCAGGCGUGGUUGAGAUGGAAGCGGCCCAAGAACAGCAAGGAGGCAGGAACCCUGGUGGAGAAUUUCGUCCAGGCCCACAGGGAGGAAGUAUUUGUGGUGUUGUAGGAGUUGGUGACCUUCGAGGAUGUGUUUGUGGACUUCAGUCCUGAGGAGAUGAGCUGCCUUACUGCAAGUCAAAGGAAACUCUACCGAGAGGUGACACUGGAAAACUACCAGAACCUGGUCUUCGUUGGGUGCCAAUUCGUUAAGCCUGAGGUUAUCUCAUACCUGGAGGAGGAGGAGUCGCACACAACUCAAGAAGACAGCAAGUCGGGGAUAUGUCAGGAGCCUUCCAUUGGUGACCCAUCAGAAUUGCACCAGCACCGCCAGGAGAAACUCCUAAGUUCUGUAGCAAUGAGCGAUUCUAGGAUCCCUCCAGAGAUAACCCAAGGCAGUGAUAACUUUGAGACAAACUGUAACCAUACUGAACAAUCAGAGAAUUUUCUAGAGAAGAAUCCCAAGGAAAGCACCAGGGCGCAGGCAGCAGAGAAGCCCACGUGUAAACUUUGCAAGAGAACCUUUAGCACCCGCGUAGCCUUUUUGAGACACGAACAGAUCCAUACUGGGAAGAAACCCUACAGAUGUCAACAGUGUGGCGAAGCCUUCUAUCUCAUGCCGCACCUCGUCAGACACCAGAGGACUCACUUCGUUAGGAAGCCCCCUCGCUGCAAUGACAAAGCAAAGCCUCUCGCCGAGCCCGGGGGUGUCUGUGCGCAGGUGAGAAUUCAUAGUCGGGAAGACUACUACGAAUGUUUGCGGUGUGGCAAAGCUUUUAUCCAGAACGUGCAUCUUUUGCAACAUCUCCAAGGACACAGAACAGCAGAAACCGUUCCUCCCAAGGUGCCCCGCGACAAGACAUAUUUAAUUCGCUACCAACGGAAGCACGGGUAUGUUGGAGAGAAGGCCUGGCAGUGUUGUGACUGUGGCAAAACCUUCAGUCAGAGUUCACAUCUCAUUCAGCAUUAUCGAGUCCAUGCUCACGAGAGGCCUUACCAGUGUCAGCUGUGUGGGAAAUGUUACAGUCGGCCCUCGUACCUCACUCAGCAUUACCAAUUCCAUUUCCAAGAGAAAGCCCUUGAGUGCAAUGGCUGUUGA